AUUUAUAUUAUAUAUUUGAGAUAAGAGAUAGAGAGAGUGGAGAUAGGUGUCUCCGACAACUUCGAAAUAUCGUCAAAGUUAUCCGAGGAACAUGAUAUAGCAGGAGCCAUCAAGAGGUAACAAGGUUAGGCGCGUCUUCUGAGAUCGUCGAAAAAUCGUUGAAGUUAUCCGAGAAACACGUUAAGCGAAGAGGUUCACUGAGAGGCGCCGGAUGGCGCGCGGACUGCGCGGAGGCGUGAUCUGAAUGGGGAAGGGAUAGCCGCCAUUCCUUCUCCCCCUUUCCCCCGCAACUCCACAUUAGCAGCCACGCCCUCAACCAAUAAGCGCGUCGAACUCUGCCCCACUCUUGACUGUAUUAGUCGGCGCACGUGGCAGCGUGGCAAUACCGAACAACUUUCUCGCUCAAUAUGUAAUCCUGAUACUUUCUGAUAUUUUUCGAAGCUCUCGGGAGACGCGACGUUUCACGAGACGUAACGUACACGAGAAACGUGUACUCUAGCGCGCUUCGCUAUUCUUUAACCUCUCUCACUUAACCUAAUAUUUUUUUUAUAGAAUUAUGGCCUGAAAAAGGAAAUCACUAAACUGGAAGAGGAGAUUGUGCUGUAUAUCUUCCUGAAGAUAAAUGCACAUUGCAUAUUUCUAAACUAUAUAUUAGAUUGUAAUUAUUAUAAUAAAAUAUAGACAUUACCUUUGUUUUAAGAAUAACAUAACAAAUUUACUAUAACAAAUUCUUGAAAUUUUCAAACGACCGUUGUAAAUCACUACGAUAUCGUGAAAUUACAAAAUUUUGUUAAUAAUGUGAACAAAUGUCUCUACAUUAUCGACCUCGAUCAAGUGAUGAGCAGUUUAGCAUCCAGCCGACUGUGACACACGUGUUUGCAUUGUAACGACAAAACUUUAGCCUGCUUUAGCCAAAGACGUUUACACUUUACCGGCGUGUCUAAGCAUUGACACGAAUUAAGAAAAAAAAACCGUUCAGAAUUAGCAAUAAAUCACAACAAAUAUAAACUAGAACAACUGUGUGAAUGGAGCACAUCUCGUAUUGAGUAUCUUUGAAUCAACGUCGUUAAUCGCAAUGCUGUUGACGAUGCUACGGCUACGGCGUGCUGUAUCCGGCAAGACGGCAUCUCAUCUGACUCGCUUGUUGUUCCCGAGGCAGGGAAUAAAUAAACUCUCCGACUCUGCCGCUGUGAGAGACAAAAGCGACAGCGACAAAAGAGACGACGGCACAUUGAACAGUGCGACUGAAUCGCAGGACUCGCCUGUCGCGAGCGAUGUCGAGCUUCCUUCGGGCGAAGAAAACGUUUCUCGUCUACUGAAGGAGGCUGCCACCUAUAGCGACGCCAAGAACACGGAUUGGGCGACCAGCCCAUACCCGGCUGGUGCCCCGACCUCCGUUGAAGAUGAAAUCGUCAAGCCGAAGAUCGAUCCAUUGGAUACCUGUAUCGUGCUGUUUCCAGGACAGGGCACCAUUAAAGUUGGCAGAGUGCAGAAAUACCUACGUUUUCCUCAGGCGAGAGAACUGUUUGAGAUGGCCAACGAGAUUUUGGACUACAAUCUGCUGAAGCUUUGUUUGAAUGGGCCACAGGAGACACUGGACCAGACCCGUUACAAUCAGCCAGCCACAGUGGUGAGUUCGCUGGCUGCACUGGAGCAGCUCCGUGAGGAAAGGCCUAGGGUAUUUGAAACAUGUAAAGCAGCCGCGGGCUAUAGCGUAGGGGAACUGACCGCCCUGAUCUUCUCAGGUGCCCUGUCCUUUGAGGAUGGCAUCAGACUAGUCUCUGUGAGAGGUGCCGCGAUGCAGUACGCCUCUGACAAAUUUCCUCAGGGAAUGCUAUCGGUCCAUUGCACUCCACAGGCUGCAAUAUCUGAGGCUUGCAAAGACGCUCAGAAGUGGGCACAAGAUUGUGGUGUAGAGAUGCCAGUCUGUCAGGUGGCAAUAUAUUUGUACACUCAGUCGAAGAUCCUAGCUGGGAAUAUUCAGGCUCUUGAGUACCUAGAACAGAAUGCGAAGAAGUAUGGGCUUUCCAAGCUGACGAGGCUGCCAGUGUCAGGUGCAUUCCACACUAAAUUAAUGGAACCAGCGCUCAAGUCCUUCGGCAAGAUGCUCCACACAUUGGAAUUUAACGAUUUUAGGUGUCAAGUUUAUUCCAAUUUCAAGGCGCAUCCGUACGGUAACCCGGCGCUAAUUAGGAGAUAUUUACUAAAACAAAUUGUGUCGCCCGUCAAGUGGGAGCAGACCAUACAAAUGCUGUAUAACAGACCCGCGGAAACCGCUUUUCCGCGCACCUUCGACGUAGGCUCGGGAGGAAGAAUGUCGACGAUCUUAAAGCUAAUUAAUGCAAAAGCGCACGAACACUGUAUAGCCGUGUAAUCUUUUAUCUUUUUGAUAAUACCAAGAGAAAAUCUAAGAAUAUGAAUAUUUGAUGUUAUUUUGUACAUAUACUUGUAGAUUAACUUUAUUUUUCCAAAUUGUGGCAUGUAAAAAUAAAGAUAAUCAAAAUUAUAUUAGAUAUAAAAUGUACAUAUGUGUGCUUAUUUAUUACAUAUGAAUUCGACAGUGUUAUUAUAUACUUGUAACUUAAUUACAGUUUGAAUGUCGAGAUCUUAAAGUUAAUACAAGACCGCACUGUAGAGUUAUCCAUUAUAUUUUGUUAAACCAGAAGAAAGUUUGGGAAUAUACAUUGUUUUGUAUACAUAAUUUGUUGAUUAACUUUUUAUUCAAAUUGUGACAUGUGGAAAUAAAGAGGAUUAAAAUUAAA